GCCUGGUGUUGCUCUUGAAGAAGGAACAGUGUUCCAGGACUGUAAAAUGAUCGCUGUGAUCCAAAACAACGCCACCAAUUCAGAAGAUAUUCUGCUUCUCAAGCACAGGCUCUACUAGCAUGGCAUCAAAAUCAAGUUUAUUUAUAUUGUGCCUUUGAGGCAAAUUGUAUAGCCGUUUGCAUUUGGAAAGAUUUUAAUAUUACGUUUUUGACAUUGUUUAACCACAGGUGAUGAGGUCCUACCUGCCAGACAGCCCUUACAUUAACAUGGGGCCUCUAUUCAUUGGCCAGACUGUUAUAUUUGUUAGUAAAGAGCCAAAGUUGAAGCAGAUGUUUCUGAGUUUGAGGACCAGCCCCCAGGUGGUAUUAUUGGGGGCCCGUAUAUGGAAGACAUUGCUGAGUCGGCAGGGGGUGUUGAACUAUGCCAAGCUGUCGUCAGUGACCCUGGUCCAGGGAGAGCUGGUGAGAGGCCUGACCAUGAUGACCCCUCAGACAGCCUCCAUGCUGCAGCGCCACCCCACCCACCUCUCAUUGCUGCUCCAGCAAAAAAGUAAAUGCACCAACCUACUUGGUUAA